GAGGAUUAGGGUUUGGAGAUGUUAUUCAAGGAGUAUAAUCCAGUGAAAUAAAUUUGGAAAGAGGAAAAAGGGACAUGAAGAAUUCAGAAGAUUAGAAUUUGGGAGAACACAAAGAGUGGAUGCACCUGCGCCAUUGCAAACGAUUUUGAGCCAUGUCAUUCAAGGUCUCUAACCAUCGGUUGCUUUCAUCUCGUGGUCCCCAACCAGGUAGUCUACACUUACCAACAUGGCUCAGUCCACUUGUCAGUGACUUCAUAGACUUGUGCCAUGUUUUGGUUUGGCCGCCCCUAGCUUACUUCCAACCUACUCCUAUACCACUGAACAUAGCACGUCGAGGCAGUCGGUCGUUGGGCAUACGUAACGUGUCUCAGCCACUUCAACUGAUGAAGUUUCACUACUUCAUCAAUUGAUUUGCCAUCUUUACCUAGUACCUUAAUUUGUGCCCAUCAAGACUGUUCACCAUCUCCAUUUUUGUUCGACUUCAUUAUAGAUAUACUGAUGGAAAUAACGCUCUCGUCGACUGAGUUUUCGGGCAUUGAUCUCCUUCCAGGAAGUCCACUUAUCGACUUAGAAUACGCAGAUGAUAUAGUCCUGUUUGGUGAGAACACUGAUAAAAUACAGUCUUUUGUUGGCCUGAGCAACAAUCUCAGGAUGUUUGGAAUGCGUUUCUCCACCUCUAAAUGCAAGUUGUCGCUUCAGAACUGGUCUGCGUCAACACUUGAACUAAAGAUAGGGAGUGAAGUAGUCAAACGCGUUGACAACUUCACUUAUCUUCGAAGUCUGGUCAUCCCAAAUGUAUUGGUGUCUGACGAGAUUUCAGCACGGAUUCGAAAAGCUCGUUUGGCUUUUGUCAACUUGCGUUAUCUGUGGCGAAGGCGAGAUAUCUGUCUAUCAAUAAAAGGACGGGUAUACUGCGCGGCAGUUCGUUCUGUUCUACUUUGUGGCUGUGAAACGUGACCAUCAAGAGUAGAAGAUACUCAUAAACUACUAGUAUUUGACUACAGAUGCCUUAGAAGUAUAGCUCGCAUCUGCUAGGAUCACCGGGCAGGUAAUAAUGAAGUUAGACACAGUGUAUUAUGGAUGGGCCACGUGGCACGCAUGCCUGAACACCGAUUACUGCGACACGCAAUGUUGACUAGUGUUGGGGAUGGUUGUAAGAAAGUUAGGGGAGGUCAAACCAAAGCGUGGCAUCAGUCUCUGAAGUCAUUAGCUUCUGGUCUGAGCCAUGUUGGUAGGUGCAGACAACUUGGUUGGGGUCCGCGCGACUAUCGUAACAAAUGGUUAGACUCUGGGUGACAUAACUCAGGAUCGAUCACAAUGGUGUAGGUGUAUACACCCUUUGUCUUCCCUUAAACCGUGGGAUUAAAAUUGCCUUAUACCUUUAUUUCUACGAACUAAUUCUUUCUUCCUAUGUCCUUUUUUAUAUUACUACCAUUGAAGUGACUACUUCUAUAAAUUUGGUGUUUAUCCUGUGCUAAUGUGGUGUGGUAACUUGGACCGUUGCAUAUAUGUGCCUGGUCCUACGUUGUAGCUGAUUGACAUGAAGGCACGAAAUAUAUAUGCACUACAUAAAUGAUUCAAUUUAUAUGGAGGCUGGAAUACUGUCCGGGUGCCCGAAUCGAAGCAGGUGGUUUUCUUAGGAAGGCACUCCUCGAGUAUUUGAACUAAACGUAUAAUCCUCAAGGCAAUGGAGCAACGGUAAGAGAUGCAGUCUCAUGGUACUUGGUGACCGAGAAUGGGUUAAUACAUCAGUUGUUCUCUAACGAUCCUGGACUCUAUGUGCGUCAUUGGUUUGGAAUCAAGGUUUUCCAACUCCCCUAGGUAGAUCCUCCGUAUCAACCAACCUGGUUAAACUACCGAACAUUCGCUUUUCACCCUCUCAAUUUCGUUAACGUCACUCUCCCUUCGAGAAUGCAGGAUAGGACUUCCCUGACAGUGGCUGUAUACACGUGGCCAUGUGAGAGCAUUUGGAGAGGGAGAUUGAACUCUCCCCACCCUCGACCGUACCAGGACAUUUGAGGGCACUAACUUCAAAUCGACGAAUUACUUUCUGCAUCCAGCUCCUACUCGGGUUUAAGCGGACGUAUGGUAUCACUAUUCUUCAUACAAUGUUGUGGUUGAAAGCAGGUACGUAACUGCGUAAUCGUUAAAUGAUUUACAUAAUUCGUUAUUUGCAAAGAACGUCUUCUUUUAUUUCCAGGUUCAUGUUCAUUUUUGUGAUUGGAGUUCACGUUAUGACUCUUGGUAUCCGAUAAAUUCAAAAUGCUUACGCACUGUGAAAAAAGACUUCACAAAGGAUACUGCGAAACUAGUAAAACCCUACCUUUUUAACUGUUCGAUGAACAAAAGUCCAGAAACCAGUGCUAUCCAUUUUGACGUUGGUAGCUAUGUAAUGGCUGCAUGGCGCAACGACUUCGAAUAUCUUGCUGAGGUUCUAGCCCAUCGUCAGCGACACGGCACAAGAGCAGAGUAUCGUUUGCGCUAUAUUUGGGAUCGUGUUGUAGAGUGGACACCCGUCAACAAGUUACGCAAAGCAACUCAAUACGAAAUCGAUUAUGUUUUGAAAUUUUGCAAAGAGCAAGGCUCACUACCUGCAAAUAAAAUCCCCAAUAAAUUUGAUCUGCAACAUUCGUGUAGUAGUAGUAGUAGUAGUAGUGAGUAUAUAUCAGGAAUACCUCGAGCUAAAAGAAUAAGAACAACUCUGUCAGAAAGCAGGUCAACAGACCGUGCCUUAGAUUCUGAAAUACCAAAGUAUCGAUCACGUCCUACUCGUGCAAGUACUAGCAGUUCAUCUGUCUUAGAAGACAAGAAGAUUCUUCACCCAACAUUGUAUGAUGGGAUUAUCGAACAGGAUGGAAUGGUUUAUGACAAGAUUGUUUUUCAAUUUCAUGAGGCCUGUCGAAGACGCCGUGAAUUGAAGAGGAAAGCUAUCGAAGAGAACGAGAUGUAUCUAUAUGGAUUCGAUGGUUCUGUGUCUGCCUUAUGUCAAACAUCCUCCGAAAGGUCAAAUCACCAAACAAGACGUGAUCCCAAUUUACUGAACAGCCCUAAAAGUAGUUCUGUAAGCGCUGAAAAUUAUACAACGGAAAACACAGUUACGCCACCAUUGGGAUCGCCAAUCUCAUCCUCUCAGAAAAGUGACGAAAUAAAAGAAACGAAGCUGUUAGAGAAGGCAUCUCAUCUCUCAAACAGUUCAUUAAAUUUGUCUGAGUCAAGUAAAUGUGAUGAACGACCACGUCGAACUAUAGUAUACAAAAGAGAAGCAGAAAUAAAAAUAUCUAGUAUGCCUAUCUCAAGAGAGAUUUUCACGAAAGUUCCCGCCAAAUCAGCUGCUCCUGUUGUAUAUCCAUGCCCUCACUGCUCUCGUCAGUUGCGAAAUUCAAAAUUACUCGACGCUCACAUUGUUAAUUAUCACAAAAGUGUAACUGGUAGCACAAAAUCCACAACACACACGAAAAAAGAAAUUUAUCAGAAUCGAUAUUUGCCAUGGAAAUCUCAUAUGCAGUUAUCUUCUCUUGGGCCAAUCUCAAAGGAAAAACCAAGAUCAAGUGCUCCUGAGUUCACCAGACUUCUUUCUUGUCACUGUUGCAAUGCACGAGCAUAUGCUACAGAAAAAGAACUUGGUCUUAUUCAAUGUUCACAUUGUUUAUGUUGGUUUCAUCGUUUGUGCGGUGGUACUUCAUUUGACUCGAAACUAUUUUCAAAUGUAGACUUGUUGAGUAAUAACGAACUUUGUUCACCUGUUGUUUGUAAUGAUUGUCGGAUGGUCUUACGUCCAGCUAGGAGAUCCCGCAAAAACGAAUGGCGUACGGGGUUACUACGAUCACAUGACCUUAACUCUGAAUUUUCAAAACGAGGUCUGUUAACUGAUGUGUCGUCUAUUUUGAAUAAAGCCUGUCAGUUACGUCCAUUAUUAGCUUCUGGGUGGCAGAUAUUGAACAGGUCAAAUUUGCCUUCUGUGUCUGAUCAAGUAAAGCAAGAUUCUGGCGUUUUCAAAAAUGCCUAUCAAGACGCAUCCAAACCAAGUGAAUUUCCAACAUCGAAGUUUGCUGGAAGUAUCAAACAUACAGCUCCCGUUAUACAUACCCCUGAAGAUCAAGUCAAUCGUCUCUAUAUGGAAUUAAGGGGUAUAGCGUUUGGAAAUCUUUCUGAAGCUAAUGGUGAAAUCACUGCGUCUAAGUGUGAUCACUUACAACUACCAAACGAUAAUCAUACUUUUUGCAUUUCUACUCCGGACUCUGAAUGUCCUAAUACCAACUGGCCAUUAGACGAAGCAAUUAACGGUUCUGCUCAGUCGGAAUCCGUUUCAUACCAAGUUACUGAUCCUACUUAUCAUAUUGCUUCUCAAGAUUUGUCAGGAUUUCUUCAGGAUCUUGGUCCCGAUAUCAUUCCAGAAAUUUCAGGUUUUAAUGUUGAUGGAGUGAUAAAUAUCAGUAAUGUUACUUCUGAUUCCUGUUCUGUAGAUGAGUUUUUGAAGGUACCCAGAUCUUAUCCAGAACAGCCACCCGUUUCACAGAAUAAUGAUAAGUUAUGUAGAGAGAACACUGCUUUGCAGUUGCUUUGUUCUCAUCCUAGGAUUACUAAUACGUCUGAUAAAGAUCUAGGUACUAUUCUUGAUAUUUCUGCUUCGGAAGAUUCUACUCUAAGUCCUUUGAAAUAUUUUUCCAAUACUGUAUGUAAUAAUCAUUUAGAGUCAGGUCAGCAACUUCUUUCAUGCGAUUCUAAUAUCCCUUCAACCUCGUCACCUGACAAGCCUAUGAUUCAAACAUCCGUUGAUGUCAAAAUCAACAGAUCCAAUAUCGAUGGUGGAAUUUCAGUCAAUGAAUCAAGUGACAGAAUUUCAACUAAUCAUUUGGGAACGGCUGUCGGAUCAGAUAUUAUCAACCUUUCUAUUCCAAAAUGUGCACGUUCAAUCAUCUCUGAUUUACUGAGUAGUCCUUUAAAUGAUGAUUUCGUUACACCUUGUGUCAGUCAGCAGUCUGAUCUAAAAGGAUCUAAUAUUCUGCAUACAUCUUGCACAUCGAAUGAAUUUGUACACCUCUCAUCAACGUCUGGAUUAAAUUCUUUGGACAUUGACUGGUUAGAGGCAGAUAGCCAUAAUCAGUCUGUGAAUUCUUCUACUAGUCCAGUGUAUCAAAAUAAUGUCAAGAUAUAUGACCAUUCCAUGUUGAAUGAGUUUUCUGAUCUUGCCAACCAUAUAACAAAUUUAAGCAACAUGACCUUUCAUUUUUCAGUUGAACAGCUUAGAAAGUUAGCACAAACUCAAGAUAACUUGUUGAACGUAGAUGAGUGUAUCUUAACGCCAUUUGAAAAUGCUCUAAGUGUUAUGGAAGCCCAGUUGGAUGUAAUCACAACCCAUGUUACCAACUUUGAACAACUGCAGAAAUAUGAUCAUAAUAAUAUGAAUACAGAAUGCGGUUAUUUGGAAGACGAGAAAGUUCCUUCAUACACAAAACAUCAAGGAACAAAUCAAGUUCUUACUCCCAGAGGUCCUUUAAAUUUGUCUCAGUCAUCUAAUGGAGUACAUGCGACAUUUUCCUGGGGGAAAAUGAAUGACAAAGCUUCGUUUCCCUUUGUUCUCGAAGGUGCAAAACAUAAAGAAUAUAAGAUAGAUUUAGAAACUUAUUUAGAAAGUGCCAAAACUGCGGCUCAAUAUCUUUACCGUCUACAAAAAGUAUCAAUACAAGAGUCAAACCUUCAUACUGACGUGCCAAAUGUGUUGAAUGAUUAAUUUCACAAUCGUAUCAAUGGGAUUUCAAAUAGAGUAACUAUUUAUGCGAGCGACGAUAGCAACAAUGUCAUUAUGUCCUCAAGUUUACCUGUUUUAAAGUGACUGGAAUAAUUAUUUUAUUGAUUAACCUCGUACAGUUUGUAUAUAUAUGAUAUGAACCUUGUACAUCACUGCACCCAUGCAAUGUGACUACUACUGCAUUCCAGUUUAUACUAGUGUCCUGCAUGUGUACUUUAUUGGUACUAAUACGUUUACAUUACUGGAGUUUUGAUUCUUAUUCCCCUUCAGAGCUAUCGCAAUAUGUAAUGCUGUCAUUUUUUUUCUAAAUAUUUUGCAUGUACACAUCCAGUUUAUAUAACUACUUGAUUACUUCUAUUCUGUUAUUUUAUACUUAGUAUUCAUCCAUUUUAUGUAAUCUUCAGAAGUGUACGUCAUGAAGUAUUCAUUUAUUUACAGACAUGUUUUCUUAUCAG